AUGUUUUUCAAUCAAGUUUUGAGGUCUUCUGCUCGCGCUGCACCAAUUAAAAGGUAUACUGGCGGUAGAGUCGGUGAAGCCUGGAUGAUCACUGAAAGUAGGAGACUGGUUCCAGAAGUCUUCCAGUGGGGCGCCGCUAUAUGCACUUGUUUAGGGUGGCCAGGUGCCGUCUACUUCUUUAGUAAGGCAAGAAAGGCAUAA